AUGACGGACAAUUGCAGUUUGGAGCCGCUCCCUCUUCCUUUCAACGCCGGAAAAAGGCGCCCGAUCUGUCCAGAGCAAAACCUUCCUCCUCACCUGAAUCGGCUCAGCAAACUGGGAGACGAUCUCCUCGUCGAGAUUUUGAUUCGCCUCCCCAAUCCUAGAUCCUCCUGCCGCUGCAAAGCCGUGUGCAAGCCGUGGAGAUCCCUCAUCUCCGAUCCCAGCUUCAAUCGCCGCUUUAUUUUCCAUCACCAGAGCAGGCACCAACCAGCUGCAUCUCUGUUCCUUUCCGCACGCGACCCCGAGUCGAUCCUCAGCUUUCUUCCCGUGCCUGACAAAGCUCGACCGGGAUUCAGAGUUAUGGAUUGUUUCAAGGACUUGCUUUUAUGCGGAUUUCUCGAGCACGACAGAACCGAAUUGCGGCGAUCCUACUUGGUCUGCAAUCCGUUUACGAAGCAGUGGAUCGCCCUUCCUUUGGCGCCUGAAAGGUCAGAUCCGGGGUAUGGUGAAUCUUACGCAGCAUUAGUCUGUCUGUCCCGUAGUAAUUAUAGUCUUGUGCAGCAGCUAGGCGAAGAAUCAAAACCUCUAGCAAUUUAUUCCGAGUAUGUUUUCCGCGUGGUGCGUAAUCUUCAAGUUUGCGGCUCUACAGUACUGCAUGUGUUUUGUUCCGAGUCUAGGAAAUGGUCGCAGAUAAGAUUUGACGAUAGCACGAUCAGUACAACGACCAAUGCAGUCUCGUGUAACGGGGAGUUGUUUUGGUUGACUUUCGAAUUCAGUUCCUUCCGCGAAAUCCUGUUUGCAUGUAACCCUUUCCACCUUGAUAGACCUCUCCAACCUAUGAUUGUAUCUCCUGCAUUGUCGUCCGCAAUGGGGCGUGGAGGUGCCACUCUUGCGGUCUCACAAGGUGCUCUGCACAUAGUUGUAUUCGAAGUUGAAGGUCUACGUCAUGGUUCAAGGGAUGCCUUGAGUGUUUGGAGGCUGGAAGAAGAUGAUGAGCAUUGGACCGGACAUUAUUGGCGUCCACUAUAUGAAAUGGUGUUGAGACCAUUGGGUCUGUGUGUACUUUUUACCUGCUGCGUGCUUUGUCUACAUCCGGAGCAGCCGGAAAUUGUCUUCCUUACAUUCACAGAUCCUUUUGAUGGUCGUAUCUACUCCUGCAAUUUGAGGACGGGGACGGGAGAGCUAGAGCUGUUUUCUUCUGUAGCACCAUUUCGUUACGAACCGGAUUGGAUAGCGUUGCAGCCUACAGUCUCUUGUUGGCCUACACCGAUUCCCAGGUACGAUGAAUUGCAAGGUAUGUACGAUGGAAGCUACCGUUGUUGGGUUCAGAACAGCACUGCAACAACACUUUCCUCAACUACUGGUAAUUACUUCCAAUUUACCUUUUUUUCUUCCUAA